GUCACGUAUUCACGUUUUAGAUUUUCACAAAACUUUUUAAUUAUCUGAAUAAUUAAAUGUAAUUUAAACACACUAAACGAAAAUAUGAGUGAACGUUACUUGCGGCACAAAUCUGUGCCAGUGUACGAUGACGAUGACGCAGUGGAGGACGAAAUAGACGGAAAACGAACUUACGAUAUAAAAGAAAAAUUAGAAAGUUCAAAAUACGACGGGGAAUUUCUUAUAGACCUCAAAGGACAUGAGUUGACGUUUGAACGAAUACAGCGUUAUGGGUUGUCGGAUCCAUUGCGUAUUAAAGAUCCAGACGGUCUAGGUAUGGUGAUGCCAGACCGUUCCACAUUUAGUGUUUCUGAUGUGAGAGCAUUUGUUGGUGGACGACGUAUGGUUGACGUUAUGGAGUGCAAGACACAACGUGCUUUGGAAAUGUCCAUGCGCGAUUUUGAACGCUAUUUUGAGGGUUCUGAUCGAAAAUAUAUCUACAAUGUUAUUUCUUUGGAGUUUUCUCAAUCCAGAUUGGAAUCGUUAAUUCAAAGACCAAAAGUCGUUGAUGCUCUGGACUGGAUUGAUUUGGUUUGGCCACAGCAUUUAAAGCAUACACAAGUGGAACAGACCAAUAGGAUUCACCAUAUGAAAUACCCAAAAGUACAAAAAUACUGCCUCAUGUCAGUAGCUGGGUGUUACACUGAUUUUCAUAUUGAUUUUGGCGGCACUUCGGUUUGGUACCAUAUUUUAAAAGGCGGCAAAAUUUUCUGGCUUAUACCACCUACGAAUGAAAACUUGCAACUUUAUGAGCGCUGGACACUUUCUGGUAAUCAAGGAGAUAUUUUCUUCGCUGAUAUGGUUUCUCGUGCCCAAAGGCUAGAACUGGUUGCAGGUAACUCUCUUAUGAUACCUAGUGGGUGGAUUCACGCAGUGUAUACUCCUUACGAUUCCAUUGUUUUUGGUGGAAACUUUUUGAACUCUUUUAAUAUUCCAAUGCAAUUGAGAAUUGCACAAGUAGAAGAGAGAUUAAAAGUGCCCGGACGGUUUCGUUUCCCUUUCUUUUCAGAAGUCCUUUGGUAUGCUUUGGACCGGUACCUACACUGCCUCACUAAGAAGACGUUUUUAUCUGAGGAAUUUAAGGAGGAAAAUCACUGCAUUGUAAAAGAGAAACCUGAUGUGGAAAAAGAAGAAGAGGAAUAUGUUCAUCUCACCCCAUUCGAAUAUAAAGGUCUUCAAAAACUUAUUGAAACUUUAGAGUUUUUGCCGGAAGGAAAACAAUCUAUUCCUGAUGGUAUUUUAAACCCCUUAGAACUAAUUAAAACGGGAAAGUCUCUGUUAUGGAACCACUCUGCUGACGACCAUGAAAUGUCAAUCACAGGAAAAUCUAAAGUUUAUUGGCCAGUUACAAUAAAGCCACGAGACUUGCACAAACUUCCCAGAAAACCAAGGACACCAAGCACAAGUUCCACGCCAGGCACUAAGAAACCAAACGCAAGUCGUGUACGAAGAGUUCGUUGCAAGCAGUGUGAAGCAUGCCAAAGAGGAGACUGCCGAGAGUGCGUGUUCUGCAAGGACAUGCGAAAAUAUGGUGGCCCUGGAACCAUGAAACAAACAUGUAUUUUAAGAAGAUGCAUCAACCCAAUACUGCCAUCAACAGCCAGAGAAGAACCUGUAACAGUAAACCAGCCAACACCAUUUGUUGAGUCCCCAGUUCCUCCCAAGCCAGGAAAACGAGGCAAGAAACGGUUAAGCUCAAAUGAGUCCGUAGUUGUCCCGAUGAAGUCAACAAAAUUGGAGGAAGAUGUAGAAGAGGAAGAUGAUGACAGCGACUUUUCUCCACCUUCUAAGAACCAAAUGCCACGAGUAGUAAUUGCUCGUGUUUCAACUGGCGAUUUAGCGAAGUACGCGGUUCGGCCCGCUGAUUCAAGCACAGAAGAAGAUUUAGCCAAGCUGCCAACUGAAACUGAGACCCUGAGCAUGAACAGGACCCUUUGGAUGCAUGUGUUUAAGUAUUUGAACCAUACAGACUUAUGUAGUUGUAUGCUAGUAUGUAAGGACUUUCUACGCUGGUGUGCUUCACCCAGUUUAUGGAAGAGUGUAAAUUUAACCGGUAAACAAAUCAAUUCUUCAACACUGCAAUGCUUGGUACGACGAACCCCAACAAGCAUAAACUUCUCCGAGUCUAACAUCAGCUACAGGCAGUUGAUGUGGUUAUUUGAGCGAUCUCCUUCUUUAAGAGAGUUAUACCUCAUUAGGUGUGCAUGGUCUACAGUUGCAGCACUGAAUACAGCUGCCUGCCCCCCUUUAAACCUCCUUGAUUUAUCCUGGGCAGCAGGGUUUACAGACCCCCAUUUAAAACAACUUCUUUCUGCCCCUACAGAUGUACGUCCUGGCCAGGAAAUCUGCCACACAAGAUUAAGAUUCUGCCGAGAGCUUUCAGUUGCCGGUACAGAUAUAACCGACGUAGGUUUAAAGUUAAUUUCUCACUAUCUACCACACCUCAAAAGCGUUAAUAUUAGCUUCUGCUCUGUAACCAGCGAAGGGUUCGGUUACCUCACUUCUUCCAAUUCAAGUAUGCCGAAAAUUCUUUCUGUUAUAAUUUCCCAACACUGCCACCUAAUGACUGACUGUGCGCUUCAAAAUGCUUCCAAACUCCCCAAGAUCUCACAGCUGGACUUCAGAGGCUGCACAGAAGUAACAGAAGAGGCGUGCGAAGAUUUUAUUGAGAAUUUUAAACUGAAUCUGUUCAUGCCAGAACCUCUUUACUUAGUUGCACAAAAUACAUAAGUAAAAAUCAUAAUACAUAAAUAAAAUUCAUAAGAGCUUAUUUGUAACCUCAAAUGCUAAUUGCAUGAAAGCUCCCUGUUGGGCAAUAUUUUAGUAUUGCCUGUAAACCAGAGUUUUUUUUACACUGCUUAUUCAGUUUCAUGUUGUACGAAUUUCUUUAUUUCUAAGUCACGUUUUUGUUCCGUUCGAAAUAAAACAGCUUUUAUUUUGAUAA